AUGGCGUUCAGGCCGUCGCUUCUGGCCGUUGUGCUGCUUGCGCUAGCGGCGUGUGCGUGCGACGCGCAGUACCUCGGCCGCCGUGUCGGUAAAGUGGCGUCAGCGAUGCGAGCCGCGCAGGUCACGGGCAGCAGGGGCGACUAUAACUCCUCGGGCACCGUCGCCCUGGCCCUUUUCAACCCGCUGCCAUCAGCAGUGCUGCCAUCCUCACUGCUCCUACCAAUCCGUCGCUCACUUGUCACGCCGUCAUGCAGGUACGGUGAGACCUACAACAUCCGCUACUCGGUGCACGUCUGGCAGCUCGACCGCCCCGAAAUUCCCAAGAAAGCCACCGUGCAUUAUGGCACGCGCUUCACCACCGGCCCUGUGCAGAUCGACUUCCCCACCGACAAAUGGGUCAACAUGACCAGCAACUACCAGCGCCCCAACCGCCCCAAGAUGUACACCUACGUGACUGCGGGCAUGUGGCACGACGUUGCUAAAAUCAAGGCUGCCAAUGGGAAGUCGCUCGAGGUAACAAUGAAGGCGAUUAUCGCAGCGCCGCGGCAGUACUAUGCGCUGGUGACGGCGCCCUCCCACCCGGACGGUGCCAUUCGCGGCCAGUUUCAUCGUUCCCGCUAG